CAUCGCCACUUCUGAUUGGACGACAUCCCUCAGGUUGUCAGCUCGACCAAUGGCGGGAUUGGUUGUUGCCCGUCCAAACAUGGCGACUUCCAGUCACAGUGGAUAGGAGGGUUUGGGGAAAAAAAUUGAGUAGCCGGGUGCGAUCCGUCUAUUUCUCCCGGGAGAUCGGUGAUGUGGAGGGGAAAUGGCGAGCGAUACGGGGAGAAAGCAGUUCUGGAAGAGGAAUGUCUCUAAAGUACCGGGGAGCAUUCAACAUGUAUAUGGUGCCCAGCAUCCUCCUUUUGAUCCACUGCUUCAUGGAGCCUUGACGAAAACGAUCCAAAAGCCUCCAACAACACCUAUAAAGCUAAAAAAGAUCACCACUUUCCAAGAGUUUGAAAGCAACACAAGCGAUGCAUGGGAUGUUGGGGAGGACGAUGAUGAACUGCUAGCCAUGGCAGCAGAAAAUUUAAAUACUGAGGUUGUACUAGAAACUGCAAACAAAGUCAUCCAAAACCAUACGAAAUUACAAGAGCAGAACAAAUUCCAAGAGAUUAAACAGCUGGGAGACAGACCUGUGGCACCUGAAGAGCUUUCCUCAAAUGUGACCAGCGAUAACAAGAUUGUGAAAUCAGCCAGUGAAAGCCAGAUACCCAAAUCAUCUGGUGAGAAGCAUUCUUUACAGCGGCAGCAAUCUGUGCCUCAGCAGACAUCUGGCGCAGUGGUGAACAAAGCGGCAGACCAAGUCCUCUUGAGCACUGCUGGGUUAUCGGAAAGAGAAGCAUUUCGGCUAGAAAAAUUCAGACAGCUUCUUGCUGGUCCAAGCACUGAUCUUGAUGAGUUGCGAAAAUUAAGUUGGUCGGGAAUUCCAAAACCUGUCAGAUCUAUAACAUGGAAGCUUCUUUCGGGUUAUCUACCAGCAAAUGUGGAAAGAAGAGAUGGGACACUAAAGAGAAAGCAAAAAGAGUACUUUGCCUUUAUAGAACAGUACUACAAUUCCAGAAAUGAUGAAACAAAUCAAAGCACAUACAGACAGAUUCAGAUAGAUCUUCCUAGAAUGAGUCCUGAGACAUUAAUUCUUCAACCGGUAGUUACAGAGAUAUUUGAAAGAAUUUUGUUUAUAUGGGCAAUUCGACAUCCAGCAAGUGGAUACGUACAAGGAAUAAAUGACCUAGUCACACCUUUCUUUGUUGUAUUCAUUAGUGACUACGCGGCUGAAGAAGAAGAAGUGGAAAAUGUUGAUGUUUCCAGUCUGCCUGAAGAGGUGCUGCGGAACAUUGAAGCUGACAGCUACUGGUGCAUGAGCAAGUUGCUUGAUGGCAUUCAGGAUAACUACACCUUUGCACAGCCAGGAAUUCAGAAGAAAGUGAAAAUGCUGGAGGAGCUGGUUAGUCGUAUUGAUGAACAAGUACAUAGACACUUACAUCAGUAUGAGGUUGAAUACCUGCAAUUUGCUUUCCGUUGGAUGAAUAAUCUUCUGAUGAGAGAGAUCCCCCUGCGGUGUACCAUCAGGCUGUGGGAUACAUACCAGUCUGAACCUGAAGGAUUUUCACACUUUCAUUUAUAUGUCUGUGCUGCCUUUCUAGUAAGAUGGAGGAAAGAAAUACUUGAAGAGAAAGAUUUCCAUGGAUUAUUGAUCCUAUUGCAGAAUUUGCCAACCGCACACUGGGGGAAUGAAGAUAUCAGCGUCCUCCUGGCUGAAGCCUACAGACUAAAGUUUGCUUUUGCAGAUGCCCCCAAUCACUACAAGAAAUGACUGGAUUCAUAGCAGGCAACAAUUGAAAAACUCCCUCCUUAUUAGUGAUUUAUAUGAAUAUGUACAAUAUAAAUACUUUUUGUGCUUUUUUAUUGCAGUGAUAUUGUUUUCACAAAAUAACAUGGAAUCAUAUCUACAGAGGCUUAGGUGUAAAUUCUGAUAGACCAGGCCCAUUGUAUACAUGCCACAUACCAAAGAAAAUUAUUUUUCAGUGAAUUUACAGGGUAGAAGUAUAGGAAAAUGGCAUCCCCCCAUUUCUGGUCCAAUUUAUCAUGGCAGGUGUUCUGAAAGUUAUCUACAUAAGUGCAUCAAAUUUGAAUUACUAGUCAGGAUUAUUCAGAUCUUUGUAUUUCAAAAAUUAGUCAUUUGAAAUUGUAAAAUGUAAAUAUAGUAAGCAUUAAAAUCCUUCUAAUAUAUUACUGACAAUGCUGCUUGGAAGUUUCUUUCAGUUACUUUGCCCCAGAACUGCUAAAUACUAAGUAAAUACGGUGUAUUUCACUUCUACCCAUUUACCCUUGGUUCUGUUUGUUAAUGUAUUUAUGAUAGAAAGGGAGCUUGUUUCUGUAUAUGUGGCAACUUACUAUUUGGUAUAUAAAACUGAAGUCACCAUGACAUAAAAAAUUGCUUUUAUUCUUCCCCUGCAAUUUUCCACUGACAUUUGAUUUUAAACUUUAAUACAUUUAGCACAGAUAUAACAUUUUAUUCAGUGGUUUAAAUUCAGUUUAUCAUUUUUUUUUGUUUGUAAUAGUUGACAAUUUAGACAUAUUUAAUGCUCCCCUCUUUCCUUUUUCCUUUUAACUCAUGGCAGUGGAUUAAAACCUAUAAAAUACAACCAUGAUAUGUUUUUCUCUGCUAUUGUCAUAUGGGUUGAUUUAAUAAAAGCAAAUAGGCUGUUCACUUUGCAGGAAAAUAUUCCUUUUACUUGGCGAAUGUAAUGAAUUUUGAUAUUCCGAAAAAUAUCCAAUCAUGUGCAAGGAAAAUAUAAACUUCUUGCUUGUACACGAUUGGAUGAUGGAAGUCAGCAGAGCUUUGCCACAUUCACUAAGGGAAAAUCUCCUUGAAAAAUGAUCUGUCUAUUUUACUGUAGUAAAUCAACCCCAGUAGGUAUGAUGAUGCCAAGCAACCAAGCAAGAUCACGAAGCAAGAAAAGUUAUAAAAUAGGUUUCUAAAAGAAUUACCCCCUUUAAAAUAAGCACCUUUUGUUGCUUUGCCGCCUGAAAUGAAGAUGGACACAGUUUUUGUUUUAUCCAGUUGUAUUUAUGCAGUGCAACUUCCAACAUCCAAGUGAAAGAUAUAACACCAACAUGUCAGAAAAAAAAACCAAGACACUGAGUUGAAAAAAGGACCACCCCCUUCUGGCAGUAUUUUGUUGAACCACCUUUUGCUUUAAUUACACCCUUUAGUCUGUUGGGAUAUGUUUCUGCUAACUUUGCACAUCUAGACUUUGCAGUAUUUGCCCACUCUUCUAUGGACUACAGUCUAAAAGUCAUUCUACAGGAUUUCAGUGGGGUUUAAGUCUGGGCUCUGACUAGGCCAUGCAAGGACAUUCACCCUUUUCUCCUUCAACAACUGUGCGGUAAUCUUUGCUGUGUGCUUUGGGUCAUUGUCCUGUUGGAAGAUAAAUCACCUUCCUAUUGACAACUUUCUGGCCUAGGGCAACAGAUCUUCUAAAGAAUUUGGCGGUAAUUUUCCCCUAUAAAUUUUUCCUCCUAUCCUAACAAGUGCCCCAGUCCUUGCUGCAGAGAAACACCCCCAUAACAGGAUAUUACCACCUCCAUGCUUUGCUGUAGGAAUUGUGUUAUUUAGAUGGUGAGCUGUAUUGGAUUUCUGUCAGACAUAUCAUUUGGUGUUGAGGCCAAAUAAUUUAAUGUCUCAUCUGACCCUAACCUUUCCAAGUGGCCUCAGAAUCUUCAAGGAGCGUUUUUUGGAAAACUCAGUCAUGACUACAUGUGACCUUUCUUGAGUGGCUUUUUUUCUUGCAACCCUCCGAUACAAGCCACAUUUGUGGGGAAUUUGUAAUAUUGUUGUCACUUGCACAGAAUGACCACUCUUUGUCAUAAAUUCCUGGGACUACAUCAGAGUUGCUGUAGGCCUCUAGCUUCUCUGACCAGUUUCAUUCUGGCUCUUUCAUCCAGUUUGGAGCGAUGACCUGAUCCAGGGGGGGGGGGUGUUGUACCAAAUAGUUUCCACUUCUUAAUAAUAGAUUUCACUGUGCUUCUAGGCAUUGAUAAAACCUUUUGAAUUUUUUUUGUAUCCAUCUCCUGAAAUGUGCCUAUCAACAACUUUAUCCCGGAGUUCUUUUAACAGUGCCUUGCCACCCAUAGUUGGUUGAUUGCUUCAGUUGCACUAGCAGGGACUGAACUGCUCCAGGACAGCUCUUUUCAUGCUGAGCUAAUCAAAAUGACCGCAGCUGAUCAUAGUUGAAAGUCAAAUGGCUUUGUGUGCCAUUGAGAAGUUCAUUAGCUUUACCUGAUUGAGUUUACAAGUCAUUUUCAGGAGGGGGGUUAUCCUAUUUCCAACUGAGUUUUAGAAUUUUAUUUUUUUCCGACAUGUUGUUGGUAUAUCUUUGACUUGGAUGUUAUAAGUAAAUACAGCUGGAUAAAACACAAACUGUGUCUUCAUUUCAGGCUGCAAAGCAACAGAACGUGAUUAUUUUGCGGCUCGGUUCACACCUAUACGAAUUGGAUGUGGGUCUUACCGCAUCCAGUUCACAUGAAAGGAAGUUGUGACCGGCUCUCUAUGGAGCUGAUUCACAUAUCUCAAUUGCGGCUGCGGAGCGGCUUGCACAGGAGUUUUGUGUGUGUCUUUGGCUCAGUUUCAGGGCUGAAUUCAGGCCCUAAUUCUUCCCUGAAAUAAAGAACAGGGAUGCCCCGGGCCCCCUGCUUAGAGUCGCAUAUGUCAGAGGUGUGAACCCAGCCUCAAUGGGGGUGAUUUUUUUUUCUAUACCCACUGUAUGUAAACUUUAGCUAUUUACACCAAUAUAGAGGUGUAAUAUAUCAAAUGAGUUGCUUACAAACUAGACAUUGUAAUGCUAGAGUUUGUUUGCUAAAGACCAGAGCUUGUUUACUCAAUAUUGCACAUACCUUUUGCCACGUAGAAACAGAAAAUGUUUUUAUUAACUUGUUGUUUUUUUUCAUAUGUUUUAGGUGGUUUAAACAAAUAUUUCUGUUAACUGAAAAUCCAAACUAUUUUGAAAUGAUGUCCUUAACACUAUUAUGUCUGUAAUUUACUUUUAUAAUUGCAGUAUUGAAAACUAAAAUGAUUUGGGGAAUCAUGGAAAAUUGGUAUUUGUUAUAUUUUUGUUGAUUUAUUUUGUCUUUAAAUAGAGCGAAACAUUCUUUAGUGGAAUACCAUGCAUGCAGUAUCGGAAAGGAGUUGUCACUAAAGCCAAAACAGUUUCUGGCAUUUUCACAUAUUAUCAGCAUCUGUUUUUAUAUUCAGGAUUCAUCAGAAUUCUAUCUAUCCUAGUUCCUUGUUAGUAAAGAAGGCACUGGGGCUUGAAGCAAUGUCAAUGAACUUUUAGGCCACCUGCUGAAAAAUGUCAGUUCCAACCUCUAAAGGGUUGGCUCAGCUGUGUAUUCUCUACAAGAACAUAGUCACAGUACGGGCCAUUUCAUUAUGGCCUGAACUUGACAAAGGUCUUAUGUGUACCUUGAAACAUAAAUAGAUAUAGGUAUUGUUAUAAGUCUGCAUGACAUGUAACAAAUAAAUUGUAAGCAGGUAGUCCAUCUGGUAGCCUACAGGUUGAGCAAAACCUUUUUACAUUAUCCCUGACAACCUCCACAAGCCGUGUGAUAUUAUAUAAUUGAAUGCAUUGUUUAUAACACCAGCACAAAUCUCUAACAUUUAUUUGAUUCAUUCAUUUCACUUUGCAACUGAACUAAAAGCCUCUAUAGUAUACUUACAGUAUAUUGAGCCAGAUUACAGUGACCAUUUUCAAUAAUUAUUUCCACUGAUGAGCAUGACAAAAAUGAAAUCCAAUUAUCCCUGCAUGUGUCUUAAGCAGUUGUAUAGAAACACUUCUAUUUUUUGUACUAGUAUUAUUGUUUAUUUAAAAUGUAAUUAUAACUCGUUUGAACAUUUUAAAUAUGAUUUAUAGUUAGGGACUUGUACAAAAUAUAAAUGAAUUCUAAAUAAAAAAUAUUUGUUAGUAAAGACAAUAUGACUUUGACCAAGCAAAGUUGAUGUAUCUACGCUCUUAAAAAACAAAAAUGCAAGAGGCUAAGUCAGUUGUGUUAGAUCUGCAGUAUUUAAGUGUGGCUGAUUUAUGAAAAGUGGAGCACAGAAAAAGGUGGUAGUUCCCAAAACAUUUACCCUGCUUCCAUAUUUAACUUUCUAAUGUACUUUACAGAAUGUUAACACCAGUUGCAUUUGUAAGGGCAGCAAACCUAUUAUCUUUUCCCUUUAUUAUUUUUAAACAUGAAUUCGCUCCAGGAUACCGAGAAUUAAAUCAAGGCAAAUGUUUUGCACUGCCUUCCGAGUAGUGUUUUAUAUUUGAAGUACUUUGUGUGCAUGUAAGACAUUGAUGUUUGCAAAAUGAGGACAUUUUGUAAAAAAGUGUGUUUCGACCAUUAACAUUCUGAUUACAAAAAAAUAGUCAUUGCUAAUGUGCGCAUUCUUAAUAAAAAUAUAGAAAUGAGCAAA